AUGCGACGUCGGGUAGUUUUAUGUUGUCAGGAUGUGGGGAGUUUACUGUCGUCCAAACAUUCUGUACAUUCUGGCAUUGGUUACCAUGAACGAGUUUUCAGUAGGAAUCUGUUGUAUCGCCGCUACCCGGUAGUUACCGUGCUACCGAAGGCAGGUUUUACAGUUCUUGACACAAAACGAUGGAUUGCGUCCUCUGGGCCACCCGUCACCGGUUCACCGCUGUCACCUGUUACCAAUCCUUCGUUAAAUGUUGGAACUGGGGGAGGGGAGGCGGUGGCAAUGGAAGGCCCGCUUCCCGUGUCGUACUCACCGGGAUCUGGAGUCAACGGCUCCCUUCCGGUCACCUCCACCGCCAUCACCGCUCAUUGUGACGUACUGUCGGAGUGUGUUGCAAAGGCGGAUGAAUUGGCGGUGCAACUGAAAGCCCAGAAUGCACUCAGUGCUAGCGCUGAAAUUCUUACGCAGGAAGGCAUGGAGGAAUUCGUUGAGGAGCUGAAGACGUCGGCGACCAAUGAAAUGACAGCAUUAGUAAAGCAAAUGCAAACAACACCCUUGUUGCAGCGUGCAGGGAUGCACGAGCUACGCCGGACACUUUAUUACACAACUUCGCUAAAAGAACGGGAUUGGUUGGAAGAGAAGCAGUACACAGCGGCUAUGCGAAUGCUAACGGUUGAGGUGUUACGUCGCGAUGGUGACGGUGUCCUCUCUGCUGAUGAUGUGUUGUAUGUGACAACGCAUGUUGUUACAGCCAACUUUUACAACAGGCACCUUUGGAAUCGCAUGGAGAAAUCACUUCUCAAAUUCAGUAAUUACGAGAACAUUGACAUGUCUUCCGUUAAGGCAUUUUCAACUCGUCUUUUUAAAACCCGUCGUGGAUGUGCCAAAGAGACACUGGAUAUCCGCCGUAAGGUGUUGCUGGCGAUGUCUCGCCGUGUUGGAGUCCUCGCGAAUGACUUCGACCUACCGUCACUACUCGGUGUAUUGCAGUGUUAUACAGUACAUGACCUUACGCCAUUUCACCUUGAGCCAUUAGCUAUCCGUGCCACGAAUCACGUGGGUGACUUUACCCCGCACGAGUGUGCCACGCUCGCCCACGUAUUGCGUAAGUGGCGCACCAUGCGCCUGGAGGUGUGUGAACGGUUAGUAGAGCGUAUUUGUACCUCCGAUCAGCUUACCCAUCAUAUGGCGAACGCCGCCAUGAUUGCCAUACGCACAUGUUUCAAUCAAGUAAGUGAUGGAGGUCGCAAUGCGAUGAAUGCGGAACCGACUCGGCAGAAGCUCCGCGCAAUGGGUGAGCAGAUCGGGUGCCGCCUUGACGAAGUUGAGUACCCAGCACUACCCGUCAUCCUUAGCAUACUCGAUGUCGUUGUCACGCUGAAAAUAUACGUGCCCAAGAAGUGUCUGCAGGUCAUUUUUUCCCAAGCAAAUGAUAUGGUUGCGAUAGUGAUGGAGCAGAAGGACGAUCUCGUCGACCCAAAAACAGGAAAGCGUGUGCGCCCCAUAACGGCGGAGGAGGGGAGGCAACUGCAGGCGCUCUUAUCGCACUACGGCAACGAUCUUGCACCGGAGCUGUCCCAGCGGAUGAAGGAGGCAUUCCGCGAGGGAGUGUUACCUGACGAAGCAUCGCUUUAG